AUGGCUAGCUCAUAUUCAACUCCCAUGAUACCGCAGUGCACAGUGGCUGAGAAACGAUGGCACCAAGCUUGGGAAUCACUGAAGAAGGAAGAUAAAGACGAAAUCAAACUAGACCCCACUCGAACGGGUUAUUUGGAUAUUCUCCAAGAUAUCCACAAUCUUUCCAUAAAGAAAAAGCAAUUGUGCAUAGAAAAAGCUUGGAAAUACAAAAAGAACAAUGGCACAACUGUGAUUAUUCGAGAUCUCUUCGAAAAAAUCCUCUUCUGGGUGAACAAAGUAAAGGAAGUGGGAGACGUUAUCGCUAGUUACGACCCUGUACGAUUGCUUCUUACGAUUGCAAUUGAAGAUAGUCAGUCGCUUGGGAAUUUAAUCGAAGGGUUGGAACAAACCUCAAAGUUGAUCGCUCAGUGCAAGGUGCUCGAAGAUCUGUACUCACAAUCUACUAGUGAUGAAACGGGCUUUGAUGGAGCCUUGCUGGAACUUUAUGUGGCGAUUUUGACAUUUGAAUCACAUGCAAUUCAAAUAUAUAGAAAAAGCAAGCCAAACCGUCUAAUCUCGGCAAUCAAAUUGCCCUCGAAUAGAUUACAAGAUGGGCUUAAAAUGGUAUGGGCUAAACAUCAACGAGUUAUAGAUUGUACCAGAUUGAUUGACGCUCAAUAUAUUCGUCAAUUCGAAGAUAUUCUUCGACAAUUUGAACAACCAAUCGCAAGAAGCGCAACAUUUUUGCAGGACUACCAAGAUUCUUUAGAAUUCCAAGAGCGCGAGACGUUGUUGAGAUGGCUCUCAACAAUACCGUACCGAAAGCAUCACAAAUUAAAGCGGAGCGAGCGCCUUGAAGGCUCUUGCGAAUGGCUUCUAAAUUCGGCAGACUACAUCCAGUGGAAGGAUUCAAGUGUAUCGUCUAUACUAUGGCUUAAUGGAAUAGCCGUCUGUGUCAAGAGUCUUCCAGCAUGGGGAACUGCGGCUCCAGUUGCAUAUUUCUAUUGUUCUCGCGACACUGCAGAACCUGAGAGAGCCAAACCUGAAGAAGUUCUACGUAGUAUCUUGGAGCAGGUAUCAUCAAACACCGCUAAUCUUCCAAUCAGAAAGCCUGUUGUUGAAGUCUACAAAAAGUUGAGAAAAGAGAACCGGGGACUCUCUCCUCAGGAGCGCUUGAGCUUGGAUGAGACUACCGAAGUGCUUCUUAAAAUACUUCAAAUAGAUCCUUUCUACGUGGUGAUCGAUGCACUGGAUGAAUGCGACCCUAGUGAGAGAUACAGCCUUAUUGAAUCUUUGAAAACUAUCAUUGAUGAAUCUGCCAGUGUUGUCAAGGUUUUCAUUUCGAGCAGGAGAGACUAUGACAUAGUCAGUCAACUUGAAGAGUCACCAUGCAUCUUAAUUCAACCUAGUCAUAUUUCUAAAGAUAUUGAGGAUUAUGUCAUGAAGGAAGUUUUUGAGGCAAUAGAAAAGAAAAGGAUAGUCAAAGGAAAACUAUUACCCGAAGAAAAGAAGAAAAUAGAGCAGCAAAUAGCUCAGGCCCUUAUUGAUAGAUCUCAAGGAAUGUUUAGAUGGGUGACUUUGCAGAUACAGCAACUGUGUAAGCAGGUUAGGGUUAAAGGUGACAUUGAUAGUGUUCUCAGAAAGCUUCCGAAAUCACUUGAAGAAUCUUAUCAUCUUGUCUAUCAAGACAUUAUGAGCAUGAAAGAGCCAAGUCAGAAAGCCGCCAUCAGGACAUUACAGGUGUUAUUAAGUACGAGGCGGAAACUCAGUCAGGAUGAGAUGCUCGCCGCAGUCACUGUUGAUAUUGACAAAAACGAAGUCCUAGUCUCUACAGUCAACGAGUUAAUAGAUGUUUGCUGCAAUCUGAUAAUCUUUGAUGAAGAAGAAGAGAUUUUACGCUUUGCACAUCUUUCAGUUCGAGAAUUUCUGGAAAAAUGCGCCCCAAGAGAUUAUUUCAGCAUCCAAUCCAGAGAGUUAUUCUUGUUGAAUCGAUGUCUCUACGUCUUCUUGCACCAAUCUCGCCAUACCAUGGUUUUCGGAGAGCAAUCAGACGAAAUAACUCUUCAGAAUAGAGAAUUUAUAUCAUAUGCCAAAGAGUACUGGCACAAGCAUUAUAAAAUAGCGCAGCCUAAUCUGGUAACUAGCAGAUUCUUGAAAGAGUUUAUCGGUGAUGAUCUGGAUAAAGGCUAUAGUGCAUCACUUAAAGAGUGGGUCGAAAGUUUUAGACUUGAUCGUGAUCCCCGGUCGAAAUCCUUGAGGAUUAGAGAGUACCAUAUCACUAUGAGAGAACCUCCAUCCAUCUUGGCCGUAUCCUGUAUUUACGGGCUGAAGUCGAUUGUCAUGACUUUACGGCCAUACCAACAUGUUGAUUGGAAUGCGCCUAUGGAAGAUACCUACAGGAACAUAUAUUAUCCAUUGGUAUACGCAGCUAAGGGGGGACAUGACAUGAUCGUUAGACAAUUCUUUAGCAAAUACAGUGGUCACUAUUCAAAAGGCAGUCCCGGGCACAGAAUCAUUUUCAUGAGUCUCGGUGAAGUUAUCCAGGCCUCACACAUUGAAGUCGCGAAGACUCUACUUGACUGUGGCAUGAUAAAUAUCAAUGAUCCCCUCACGGGAAACUUAAUAUAUCUAUACGAAAGUCAUAGUCUCCUUAAUAUAGCUGUUCAGAACGAUGACGAAGAAAUGGUCAAGGUCCUACUUCAUUAUGGAGCAGAUUUGAACUGUGAAACAAGGAGUGUUCUUCCUUCUGCCAAGGGCGUCAAUGAACUUGAAAUCCUGGAAGCCGAUUACGAAAGUGCCUACAAACAUGCCGUUCGAAAUUAUUCACCUUUGAGAACUGCUGUAUUAAAAUGCAAUCCCGACAUGGUAGAUACUCUCUGUUCAUUUGGUGCAAAUAUUAUGGCCAAGGAUUCUGCAGGAGCUACACUUAUACAUUGCCUAGCUAAGGGAGACCCCGCGUACAACAGAUCCUACCUUUUUAAAAAUUCCGAAAUUAUUGUUAAUUGUCUAGUACAGCAUGGUUUAGAUAUAGCAGCACUUGGCAAUUCUCACUGCACAGCCUUGCAUGUUGCUGUGCGUCAUAACAAAGCUUCGGCUGCGCUAUUACCAGUACUUAUCAAUGCCGUGAGGGGGAAACUGCGGUUGAUUGUUGCAGCUGGUUCAUCACGUUGGCGAAGGCGUGGUGUCCACGAAGAUGUAAGAUUUCUCUUGUUGCAAGGUGCAGACCAUUCCAUCGUGAAUAAGAAUAGUCUUACCGCAUUGGAUAAAGCUUGGGAAACGUUCAAGAAACCGCUUCGGUAUAGAAGCCAACAAUAUGCUUACAAAUCCGUCAUCAAAUAUUUGACUAUAGCAUUACAAGAUAAAGCUGUGGAAGAUGUAUGGAGAUUGUUUGCCGAUGAUUCUUAG